AUGUCGAAGAAGGACAUGCGCAGGGCUGAUCUCGGUGUGUAUUGCAUCCGGGUUGCAUUCGUCUUUUCUCUCCAGACCUGGUUGGCAGAAACCCCGUCGCAGAAGAAGAAGGCUUCCACGCCGGCAUACAUGUCGGUUCUGAUGUCCUGUUCGUAUCCUGUCCUACACUCUGACCGACCAAAUUACUGA